AUGGUCUUCUCAUACCACUCGCUCCGUAUGAGGUACGAGCCAUCCGAGGGUUCCAUGAUGAUUGACGUAUCUACCAUCCACUCGUUGGAACUUGUCCAGAAUUUGCAGAACUCAAAGUCAAAAGACUGUUUGUACGGUCUACUCAAUGAGACACUGACACCCAUGGGAGCGCGACUUCUCCGAAACAACGUCCUGCAGCCGCUCACUGAUGCAGACGUGCUUACCACGAGAUACGCAGCAGUCGACGAUCUGACGACUAAAGAGGAGAUGUUCUUUGGAACACGUGCAGCCUUGAAGAACUUCCUCGACGCCGACAGAAUCUUGACCCAGGUGCGUGCUGCGCUGCCAGAGGGCUUUCCAAUUCACUCAUUUAUGCAGUUGAUCGUCACACCAAGCAAGCCGACACUACAGACGACUGAACAGUCCAUCAACCAUAUCAUCAUGCUGAAGUACUUCGUAGGCUCGGUGAAACCCAUAUACGAAGCACUCACUGGAACGGGCUCGAGCAUGCUGAACAAUAUUCGCGAGCUAUGUGCUCCAGAGAAUAUUGCGCCAAUCCAAGAGCUCAUCGAUCUUGUCAUCAACGAAGACACCACUUAUGCAAAGCAGCCUCUUGAGUUGAGGAAUCAGCGCGUUUACGCCGUCAAAUCUGGUGUCAACGGUCUUCUUGACGUCGCUCGAACGACUUACAAGGAGGCAUCUGAGGACGCAUACCAGCACUGCUCCGAGCUCGGUCAGGAAUACGACUUUCAGCUGGAGCUCAAGUACGAGAGCGCUCGCCAGUUUUACAUUCGCAUUCCAGCUUCUCAAAUCGAGGGCCGUGAUCUGCCUCCAAUCUUCACCAACGUCAUUCGUCGCAAGAAGAAUAUUGAGUGCUCAACACUUGAGUUGAUGAAGCGCAAUCAGAAGGCUGUCGAGAAUCUGAUUGAAGAAGUGCGCAGCCACAUGUCGAUCAUGUUCAAAAUCUGCGAGGCCGUUGCAUUGCUGGACAUGUUCACAGACACGUUGGCUAUUCAGCAAGGCCGGCACCCAAUCAAGGAGAAGAUUAUGCAAACCAAGUUUGUACCGAACGACGUUUACUCAACUCAGCAGACGCGCUUUCAGAUUAUCACAGGCUGCAACAUGAGUGGGAAGAGUACUUACAUCCGAUCUGUGGCCUUGAUGGUGAUCAUGGCUCAGAUUGGUUGCUAUGUUCCAGCAACAUACGCUUCGUUCCCGAUCCUCCAUCAGCUCUUUGCUAGGCUGGGCAUGGAUGACAACAUUGAGACGAAUGUCUCUACGUUUGCUGCGGAGAUGAAGGAAAUUGCUUUCAUCUUGCGCAACAUCGACAGGCGAAGCUUGGCAAUUGUCGAUGAGCUCGGCAGAGGCACCAGUACCCGUGACGGGCUGGCUAUUGCGCUUGCGAUCGCCGAGGCUUUGGUGUCUAGCAAGGCUCUUGUAUGGUUCGCAACACAUUUCAAAGAUCUCGCAACAAUCAUGGCUGAGCGUGCCGGCGUGCAGAACCUCCAUUUGGCCGUCGAGUUGAAAAAUGACGAGAGCAUGACGAUGUUGUAUCGUAUCACGCCCGGUGCUGUCAAGGAAGCUCACUAUGGUCUGACUCUUGCUCGCAUCGUCCCGUUACCCCCAGGAUUAGUCGACCAUGCUGCCCAGGUCGCGCAGAAGAUCGAAGCGCACAUGCUUAAGCGAAAGAAGGCUUCCGAGACGGUGUUGAGAGAGAAGCGCCGCAAGCUCAUUCUUAACCUUCGCGAGCAUCUUAUACAGGCACAGAACGGCGAGUUGGAGGGCGAAGUACUUACCGCAUGGCUCAAAGAGCUGCAGAAAGAGUUUGUGAACCGUAUGACUGCUCUUGAGGUCGAAGCAUCUAGCGUGGGUCAGGAGAGCGAUGAAGAUGAGGUGAUGGGGGAAGGAAGUGUGUUUGGAGAGGAGGAUGAGCGUGCUGGGUCGUAUGCGCGUCAGCCUUCAGUCUUGACCGUUAGUUCGACCUCCACGACUGAGUCUGAGUCUACGGUCAGGGCGAUGUCUCAGGCAUCUACUGUGCGAGCGGUCUCUGACAACGAUCGCUGA